GGGGGGGCUCCUACGCGCGUGCGCACAAGCGACUCCGCGGGAAAGAAAAAGGAAAAAAAAAAAGACCAAAAACACCUACAACCACAAUAACGAGAUGGGUUUGCUGGAGCUGUGCCGGGAAGCCUUCGGUACGGGCGACCUGUACCAGGUGCUGGGCGUGAGGCCUGAGGCGUCGGCCAAUGAGAUCCGCCGGGGAUACCAUAGGGUCUCCCUCCGGGUGCAUCCGGACCGGGCUGAGCCGGCUGAGAAGGAGCGCUGCACCCGGCAUUUCCAGAUCCUGGGCAAGGUUUACACAGUACUAAGUGAUGAGGAACAGCGGGCACUAUAUGAUCAACAAGGGAUCGUGGAUGAGGAAUCACCUGGGUUGACUCAAGAUUGUAACUGGGUAGAAUACUGGAGGCUGCUGUUCAAAAAAAUAACUGUAAAAGAUAUUAAAGAUUUUGAAAAGAAAUAUAAACAUUCCACAGAAGAGCUGGAGGACAUUAAAGCCGCAUAUGAAGACUUUAAAGGCGAUAUGGACAAAAUCAUGGAGUCUGUGCUAUGUGUUGAUCAUGCAGAUGAACCAAGAAUAAGAGAGAUUAUUCAACAUGCUAUUGAUUCUGGAGAACUUCCAUCUUAUAAAUCCUUUGUAAAUGAGUCUAAGAGAAAGAUAAAUGCAAGAAAAAGGAAGGCAGAAAAGGAAGCUAAAGAGGCAGAAGAAUUCAGAGAACAAAUGGGACUUGGUGAAGGAGCUGAUGAUCUGAAAGUAUUAAUUCAAAGCAGAAUGGAUAGUAGAAAAAACGAAAUGGAAGAUUUUGUGGCUCGGAUGGAAGCAAAGUAUGCAAACAAAUCCAAAAAAGGAGGAAAGAAAGCAACUGCUAAAAAAUGACUGGUUUUUCUGCACAGAAAACUUGAUCAAAACCUUACUAUAUUGUAUUUCUGUAAAAUAAUAUUGUUCGCCUGUUAAGUUGAAUGUAAAACCUUUAAAAUAAAAAAAAUGAGUAAAUUGUUUUACUCAUUUAAGUGUU